AUGCAAUCUAAAGACGAUGAGUUUCCAACUCAAAUCUCUGACUCCUCAUUGAGAGAAUUGAAUUCCAGGCUCGUAACCGAAAUUGAUAAGCUUAGGAGAGAGAAGGAUUCACUUAUAAGUAAAAAUACCGAGCUCUUAGCUAGGAUUGUAGAAUUAGAACAAACUAUAAAAGAAGAUGCUGAAAAUACAAAGUUAAGAGACGCUAAACUUAAUACCAGAAUAUUCGAAUUAGAACGAUCAGCAAAAGAAAACGAAGAGCUUAGAAACAGAGUAGUGAAAUUGGAACAAAACCAGUGCAUCGAUACUAAUACUAACUCGUUAAAUUAUGAAACAAAUUCUAACGAUACUUCUAAACAGAUAAUCUCAUGUAACGAGGAGUCUAACACGUCUAGCCACGAAGUGACUGCUUCCGGCAAUUCUGACAUAUACCAUCCCGCAGAAACCAUAUCAUUUGAUUCGCAAAGCGACUUACGUCAUGUGGAAGAGAAAGUAGAAAAUGAAUUUCUGGAUUCAAAACAUAGAGAAACGGUUAGAAAAGAGAUAAUUCAGAACAUUAAGGAGAAGAAGCUUCGGGAUCAAGAGUUACUCUCAACUCCUGAGAAUACUAUCCCUAAGAUUUCAAUAUCACCGAAUAAGAAUGUUUCCAUACCCGAAGCAGAGAAAUCAUUACUUAAUAAAGAUCUAAAUAUUCAAGAUACAAAACUUUCCUCUUCUGAAUCUAAAUCGUCUAUUAUCUCUUCAUCCAAUCAGGAACAAAGUGCUAUUUCUUCCGAAACAAAAAUUCCCUAUAAUCAAAAGGUUGAAAAGGGUUUAAUAUGUGAGUUAUCUAUUGCAAAGCAGGCCCGUAGGGGCGAGUUACACUCAUGGCUUGAAGAGCCUACAUUUAUUAACGAGAAAAGCCUUUCGAAUUCCAUACCUGAUAGACAAAUUCUUGAAAACAUGCUAGAUGGAGAUGACUCAACUCCGGGUUCCGCAUUGCAUUUGGCCCAUUUAUUCGACAAGGCUAAAAAAACUGGCCAGAAAGAAAUUUUACGUUGGUAUUGUUAUAGUGAGGAAUUCGAAAAAAAGGUAAUAGACAUUAGCUUUAAAAACGAACUUAACAAUCAAAUGGCGAGAACACAGAUUUAUAAUGAAAUGGAACCAUUUCUUCCUGGCAUUAAAAGAGAGUAUUUGCGUAAAAAAACUCAAAAGGCUAGAAAUAUUUAUACAUUAUUCAAAGAAAUAGGAAUAGAUAAAAUCAAACAAGUUACGUAUAGUGCUGAUGCCAUUUCUAGUUUAACGGGUGUUCAAAUCCAAAAUAUAAUAAAGCUUUUCUCUGAAAAACCUAAUGUAGAAUUAGUAAACGAGCAAGCUGAAUGUCAAAAAGUGAUCGGCGUGAAGAAUCUUCACGCGCAAACAACCGAACAAUCUUGCUCAAAUGAUAUAUCAGUCACUAAGGUAAAUCUAUCUCCCAUCGAUUUGAAACUCAAGGCGAGUGAAGAAACCAAAAAAGUAUUACCGGAAACUGGGAUAAAUGUAUUACCUUCAGAUACAAAAACCAAUGUUAUUGCUUCACAGCCACAGGCUAAACCACCUGUAUCUCGACCUCCUAUCUCUAUUCUACCCGAUGAUCCAAAAGAGAAACGAAACCAUGUAAUUAAAAUGGUAUUGGAAAAGGUUCCUAAUUUAUCUCUUAACUAUAGUAAUAAAAAUGUCGAUUACUUUACUUGUUUAACAUCAUGUCGUAUAUGCAAUAAAGUUCAUAAAGAGGAAAAUUUAGAAGGUGAAUGGGGCGGUGGUGAAUAUGUCAAUACAAGAACAUAUCGCCUCAGAUGCUGGGGAAAUAAAUAUCAGAAUUCAAUCCAAAUAGUAACCGUGAAAGCAUAG